AUGGCAUCCAAGAUAAUUGUCCUCGGGGACAUCAACGGUCAAUUACAGCCAGUAUUUACCAAAUUAUCGACUCUUCACGCAAAGAAUAGCUUCACCUUUGCCAUUGUCACCGGUAACUUGUUCUCAGAAGACAACGAUGCUGUCACGGAGCUUCUUACAAACAAAAUAACCAUACCUCUUCCUACAUACUUUACCGUUGGCACAACGCCUCUUCCCCAGCGCAUCAUUGAGAAAAUUGAGAAAGACGAAGAGAUCUGUCCCAACCUCCACUACCUAGGAAAACGAAGUACGACUAAGACCUCAGAGGGCAUCAAAAUAGUCACACUUGGAGGACAACUCGAUGAAAGUAUAGUUGGGGGAACUUCCAAAGAGCAAUAUCUACCAUUCCAUACCAUUAGCGAUGCAAAAGCUUUGCAUGGUGCAAAUACGGCUGAUAUCCUUCUUACAACCACAUGGCCUGCUCUGAUCAGAACUGGUUCUAAAAUUCCGCUUCCUGAUGGGGUCACGGAUAUCACAGGUCAGGACCACAUUGCGGAUCUUUGUGCUGUUCUCAAGCCUCGUUACCAUUUCUCGGUUUCUCCAGAAUUCUUCUUUGAAAGAGAACCUUUCUUCCAUACACCAACUCAAGACGCACCUGAUAUGCGUCCACUGACUCGGUUUAUCUCCCUUGCCGCACACGGAAACCCAUUCAAACAGAAGGCUCUAUACGCAUUCUCUCUUCCGAAUUCCAUCGAUUCAACUGCUCCAUUACCACCCGGUGCUACAGCUUCACCGUUCAUCACGAGGCCAAAUCGCAACAAGCGGCCAGCUCUCGAAUCGAACCCGUACUCCAGAUACGCCAAUCAUGACCGCAAUGGCCAUGAGAAUAAGAGGCAUAGAGGCCAGAGACAACCCCCACCAGGACCAGAUCAAUGUUUCUUCUGUCUUUCCAACCCAAAUCUUGACACUCAUCUCAUUUCCUCGAUUGGUGAUGAUGCCUACCUCACGCUUGCCAAAGGCCCUCUAACCUUAUCGGAUACGUAUGCUACCUCUGGCAUAGAUUUCCCUGCUCAUGCACUAAUCAUUCCACUUACACACUCUGCAACUAUUGCCGCCAUUCCUGAAACCGAAGAAGAAAAGUCCAAGGAGAAGACGUUUGCCGAGAUGAACAAGUUCAAGGAGAAAUUGCAAUCAAUGAUCGCCGACCGAAGUAACAAUCAGCUAGGUGCGGUUACUUACGAGAUCAGUAAAGGUAAUGGAGUUCACACGCACUGGCAAUUCGUGCCAAUGCCUGCAGAGACGAUUCGCAAAGGGUUGGUUGAAGCGGCAUUCCGCGUCGAAGCCGAGAAUCUAUCCUACCCCCCUUUCGAGGUUCGUGAUCCAGGCAUAGGUCAGAACGAGGGAGACUUCUUCCGGGUCUGGAUCUGGACACCACCAACGGAGGACGAGGCGGAAGGUAGUACGAAGUGCAUUACCAUGCCAUUCGAUUAUAGUAACAAGUUCUCACUGCAAUUCGGUAGAAGUGUGUUGGCGAAGUUGCUGGGAUUGGAGAAGAGACUGCAGUGGCGGGAUUGUGCGCAGACGGCGGACGAGGAGAAAAGGGAUAUUGAAGCUUUCAAAGCGGUAUUCAAGGAAUUUGAUUUUACUCUUUAA